AUGUCCCCGGAAGUCCCCGAGGCAGCCUCCGCGGAGAAGCAGAAGGAAAUGGAAGAUAAAGUAACUAGUCCAGAGAAAGCUGAAGAAGCAACAUUAAAAGCAAGGUAUCCUCAUCUGGGACAAAAGCCCAGAGGUUCAGAUUUUUUAAGGAAACGAUUGCAGAAAGGGCAAAAAGAUUUUGAUUCUGGGGAAUACAGCAUGGCUAAAGCACAAAUGAAGAACAAGCAACUUCCUACUGCAGCCCCAAGUAAGACAGAGGUCACUGGUGACCACAUUCCCACUCCACAGGACCUUCCUCAACGGAAACCAUCUCUUGUUGCUAGCAAGCCAGCUGACUGA